GGGGCCCGAGGCCUGUCGCCCCGCCUGAGGGCCCGAGGCCUGUCGCCCCGCCAGGGGGCCCGGUGCCUGCCACCCCGCCCGGGGGCCCGGUGCCUGCCGCUCCGCCCGGUGGCCCGCUGCCUGCUGCUUCGCCUGGUAGCCCGAUCCCGAUGUGCCUCUUGCCCGGAGUCCAGCCCGAUGUGGCCUCUGCCCGGAGUCCAGCCCGAUGUGCCUCUGCCCGGAGUCCAGCCCGAUGUGCCUCUGCCCGGAGUCCAGCCCGAUGUGCCUCUGCCCGGAGUCCAGCCCGAUGUGCCUCUGCCCGAGUCCCCAGCCCGAUGUGCCUCUGCCCGAUGUGCCUCUGCCCGGUGUGCCUCUGCCCGGAGUCCAGCCCGAUGUGCCUCUGCCCGGAGUCCAGCCCAAUGUGCCUCUGCCCGGAGUCCAGCCCGAUGUGCCUCUGCCCGGAGUCCAGCCCGAUGUGCCUCUGCCCGGAGUCCAGCCCGAUGUGCCUCUGCCCGGAGUCCAGCCCGA